AUCACUUGUUGAGACGUCGUUUCUAACCAACGAUUUAUUGUUAAGUUCUGUCGUCAUGAAGUCUGUAAAAACGUUCUGGAGCGAUUAUUGUGAAAAGAGUUCAUUACACGGUCUCCGGUAUGUCGUUCACAAGGAUGCGACUCCUUGGGAGAGAUUCUUGUGGGCAGUAUUGAUGGCAGUUGCUAGCGUCACUAUACUUGUGCAUCUGUAUGCUUCUUGGAAAUCUUUUUCGUAUUCGUCUAUGCAAAUCGUGGUGGACAAUCCUCGAUAUCCGCUUAGCAAAAUUGACUUUCCGGCAGUAACUAUUUGUUCCAUGAACAAAAUCCUUUAUUCGAAGGCUAAAAGAUUAAUUUUAAGUAAAUACGAAAAUGAACCGGAAUUGAAAAAAAAAUACGAAAACUCGUUGUACAUUCUGGAAAUGAUACAGUAUCCGUACUACAAAGAUUUACCAUUUUUCGCUGAAACUAAUCCAAAUCUUAUCGACCUACCAGUAGACAAUAUCAAGGAUCUCAUGUUGAAACUUAUGCCGACUGUUGAUGAGGUGUUUGAUUCGUGCUAUUGGAGAGGCACCAGUUACAAUUGUACGGAUAUAUUACGGUUGCAACGAACCGAAGAAGGAUUUUGUUAUUCGUUCAACAGCAAAACUUCAGAAAGGAUGACAAAUGACAGUGACUACAACCCGCCAAUCGCCAAGCCAAACGGCAGCCUGAUGCCGCUUAGAAAUAACGUUGCGGGGAAGAUGACGGGUCUCGAGUUAAUCAUGAAGAGUUUGAUCACUGAAUACUUCCCGAACGACAAGAGGUCCAAAGGAUACAAUAUAAUGGUACACACGCCUGAGGACUUCCCGGAUAUUUCAAGCAGCUACAAAGUGUACAGCGAACUAAACCAAUCUUCGCGGAUAUCAGUGAGCGUGAGUCACAUACGGGCGGACGAAUCGCUAAGCCGGCUCGGAGAAAAGGACCGCAAAUGUUUCCUGUACGAGGAGAGGACGACAAGGACGAAGAACUUUCCGACGUCUAGGAGCAACGCAGAGGACAACUGUUACAGCGAGUGCAGGCUGAAGACUACUUAUAAAAUGUGCAAUUGCACGCCGUACUACUUUGACAUCGAAGAGAGCAAGCAGCAUUGUGGAAUUGAACACAUACAAUGUCUUAGCAAAAUCAAAGUGCUUCAACGCAACGUUCAAGUUUCAGAAGAAGAAAUUGGAUAUCCCAAAUGGAAUGCACAGGAUUUUAUGAACUGCAGUUGCCCGCACCCGUGUUCGUUUGUUGGAUACACAACAGAAAUCCGCAACUAUGCAAAGGAUUUCUUGGCUUACACACAAUUUCCACACGCCUAUACACACAUCGAGGUACACUACAAAGAAAGAUUUGCCAUCAGUUACCUAAGGUCCAUGAAGUACACUACACAGGAUUUAUUAGUGACAUUUGGUGGGAUGGCAAGUCUGUUUCUUGGCUGCAGUUUGGUUAGCCUGGUGGAGAUAAUUUACGUUAUCUACAAAUCGUUAAUCAUGCUUAAACACAAAUACACCAAAGUCCAAACAGUUUCAAAACAAGAUCAGCAACUCAUUCUAUACCGCCGCCAUCAUAACAUGUAUCAUUUUAGCAAACCUCUGUACAAGCCACCAAGAAUCACAUUACCAGCAAUCUGUGAGAAAUUCAAAUAUUAAGCAACACAAUAUGUGAUAUAUUUC